AUGUCCAGGCCUCUGCAUAGAGGGGUAUCUAUUCGGAUUCCUGAAAGGAACAAUGACACGUUGGACUCUCAAUCCAAAGAUAAAACAGAAAAGGAAGGUGUAGAUAGAAGAGUUUUCUCUGGUUACCCCUCACCCUUGAGGUCUCCCUAUAGGUUGCUUUUAUCAGAUAAUUCUAAUUCCAAAUCAGGUAUCAGUGAGAAUGGUUUAUCAUCUGAUCCCUACAUUAUUGGCACUCCAAGAAAUAGGCAUAAGUUGAUUCUUCUUUUCUUGAAGUUUAGUUUAGUGUUUGUAGUUAUUUUUGCUCUUGCGGGGUCUUUUUGGUGGACAAUCUCAAUUUCAACUGCGUCAAGAGGUCACAUUUUCCAUGGUUAUAGGAGACUCCAGGAGCAACUUGUAUCGGACCUGUUGGAAAUAGGGGAGAUAUCUUAUGCUCCCUCAAGGCUGAAAGAAUUGGAAUUCUGUUCUCAGGAGUUUGAAAAUUAUGUUCCUUGCUUUAAUGUUUCUGACAAUCUGGCUCUUGGUUUUUCUGAUGGCAAUGAGUUUGACCGGCAAUGCAGCCAUGAGCUCAGGCAAAAUUGUUUAUCACUCUCACCACCAAAUUACAAAAUUCCUCUUAGGUGGCCUACUGGAAAGGAUAUUAUCUGGGUUGCUAAUGUUAAACUCACUGCACAAGAGGUUCUUUCUUCUGGAAGCUUGACAAAAAGGAUGAUGAUGCUUGAUGAAGAGCAAAUUUCCUUUCGUUCAGCCUCUCUUAUGUUUGAUGGUGUUGAAGACUAUUCACAUCAAAUUGCAGAAAUGAUUGGGCUCAGAAAUGAAUCUAAUUUCAUUCAAGCAGGGGUUCGAACCAUACUGGAUAUUGACUGUGGUUACGGUAGCUUUGGAGCACACCUAUUUCAAAAUCAGCUUUUAACUAUGUGCAUUGCAAACUAUGAGCCUUCUGGCAGUCAAGUUCAGCUUACACUUGAGAGGGGUCUUCCUGCUAUGGUUGCUUCUUUCAAUUCCAAACAAUUGCCAUAUCCAUCUCUCUCCUUUGACAUGUUGCAUUGUGCCAGAUGUGGUAUUGAUUGGGACCGAAAAGAUGGCAUUCUCAUGAUUGAAGCUGAUAGACUUUUAAGGCCCGGGGGCUACUUUGUCUGGACUUCACCUCUUACAAAUGCUCGUGAUAAAGACAGUCAGAAUAGAUGGAAGUUCAUACAAAGUUUUGCUGAAAAUCUUUGCUGGGAUUUGAUGUCACAGCAAGAUGCAACUGUCGUAUGGAAGAAAACUAGUAAAAGGGAUUGCUAUAGUUCAAGAAAGAAUAGUUCUCCCUCUCCUUUAUGUGGCAGCGGCUAUGAUGUGGAGUCUCCUUAUUAUCGUGAUCUGCAAAACUGCAUAGGAGGAACACAUAGCAGCCGUUGGAUUUCUGUUGAAAAGAGAAAAGCUUGGCCUUCCAGAGAUCACUUGAACGGGAAGGAGCUUGAAAACUUUGGGUUGCAAUCUGAUGAGUUUGCUGAGGACUCCGAGAGCUGGAAAGCAUCUGUCCGUAAUUAUUGGUCUCUUCUGUCACCUUUAAUAUUUUCUGAUCAUCCAAAAAGACCUGGUGAUGAGGAUCCUCCGCCACCUUAUAACAUGCUAAGAAAUGUGCUAGACAUGAAUGCUCAUUUUGGUGGUUUUAAUUCUGCACUGUUGCGUGCUGGAAAAUCCGUAUGGGUAAUGAAUGUGGUACCUUUGGGUGGACCGAACUAUCUACCCUUGAUCCAGGAUCGAGGUUACGUCGGCAUUAUGCAUGACUGGUGUGAGGCUUUUCCUACGUACCCUAGAACCUAUGACUUGGUGCAUGCAGCAGGACUUUUAUCCCUUGAAUUUGCUCAGCAGCGCAGCUGUACGAUGCUUGACAUGUUCAUUGAAAUUGACAGGUUACUGCGGCCAGAGGGUUGGAUUAUAAUUCGUGACAAAGUUCAUUUAGUGAAGUCAGCCAGAGCUCUAACAACAACGCUAAAGUGGGAUGCGCGAGUUGUAGAAAUUGAAAGCGACAGCGAUCAGAGACUCCUGAUUUGUCAGAAACCUUUCUUUAAGAAACAGGCAAAUUAA